AUGCCUAGCUCACUUUUCCCAGAUCAGAUUCGCCCCAACCCGAUCCAGUACUUACCUACUACUCGGAACUCCAAUUUGCGCAUGAGGAUGUUGGAGGAAGAAGUCAGGAUGUUGAAGGAAAAGCUCUCCCGUCGCUACCAUUCGCCGCCUCCACAAACGCAAGUUUCGACUGUCAUCCACAUAAAGGAUGGCCUAGUAGUGGCGAGCAAAAUCAUCCUUCCACAGAUUCCACAGAUGUGGAUGGCCGGUGUCUCACCUAAGACCCGCUAUGAGAAACUACAAUGGCAAGGUGUUUGUUGUGGACCUGUGGGUCGCGACGGUUGGCCGAACGCUAGUCUUCCUACUUCCAAUCUUCAUCUCCAACAUCUCAACUUCCUUCGCGUUAAUAUGCAAACAUUCAACUCAAACGCCGAUUCAUCAGCAGUCCCAGGUACCCUGCAGAACAUUUCAAGCAAGGUCUCGGGCCAAAACGGCGUCAGCUAUCGUCGCCGGCAACUCGUCGAAGAGAAGGUCAAGAUUGUGCUGUCCAAAAAUUCGGCUAUCUGGCGCCUCCCCACGGAAAUCCUCGCCCAAAUCUUCCUUUAUUGCAUACCAGAAGACGGAAACUGCACGCCCGCACCAUAUCUGGCCCCCGUUCUGUUGACCACAGUAUGUCGACGAUGGAGGGAGGUUGCUCUGGACAUGCCAAGUCUAUGGUGCAGACUCCGAUUGGAAGUCGGGAACGGUGACUGGCAACAGAGAGCUUUCUGCUACGAUUCCUACCUCAAGCGAUCACGAGGACGUCAACUCUCAUUGACGCUCGAGGGUCAUGAUACCGACUGGACAGAGCUGCGAAGCCUGCUCCAGCCAUACAUUGAUCAAAUAUCGUCUCUGUCUGUUGGCUUUUUCUCCAAUUGCGGUUCUUUGGCGCUGACGGACUUCCGCGGACUCGAGGAGCUGGUUAUAUACAAUGACGCCGAUUACAAUCUUGUACUAGCCGUCGUUCGCUCUAUCGCGCAAUUGCCGCUUAAUACGCGCAGUCUCAAGUUAAUGGACCUGUGGCCUGACUUCGAGUUGUUAUCUGACUUCAAUCCUCUCGCAUGGCCCAGUCUCACAAAUCUUGAGAUCGCGGUAGACGAACUAGAUUGCAUCCCCUAUUUGCUCCGUCUAUGCCCCAACCUCUUGUCCUUGACGGUGGUUGGACUAUUUGCGGUCGAGGCCGAGGAACUAUUCAGGCACGACAAACUUCAAUCCUUGCGCGUAUCCGGGGAUUUGUAUUUGGACUGGGUCGGAACUCUUGGACUAUUCGAUGCUAUCAUACUCCCCAGUCUACGCGCGCUCGAAGUUCGCAAUUCGGGACAAUGGCCUCAUGAAGACCUCAAGACGUUUUUGACACGGUCACGGUGUCCCCUGGAGAGCUUGAUCUUCGGCAAUGGAAGUACUGAUAACAGAACAGCAGGAAGCAGAAUAUGCUACCCUUCUUCCUUCUCUCGAAUUAGUAGUAGACCCUAUGCGUUCAGGGUUUUACUUUUAACUUGGACAGACAGUUGUUACUAUGUACAUAUUUCACGAAAUUACAGGCAUAUCUGCAGACGUCGAGGGCAUACAGCCCUCCUUUCUCCAAAACCGACUGUCAUAUAA